GCGCUCGCGUUCGCCGCAUCAGUAGUAGCGUGGCGGCAGCGGUGACGGCGGUCCGUACAGAAAAUCGCGCGCAUCAACCUCACAAAACCGUGUGAAACAAAACAGUGAAUCGCCAAAAUAAUUGUGACUGAUAUAAAUGAAAAGUUGUGAAAUGAAAUUAAUUUAAACGUCUGAAACAUGAAAAUGUCGCGCGACAACGUGGAAAUCACCGCGGCGAUUGCGUGCAGUUGACAUAGAAACAAAGUUUCACAAUUAUUGCCAUUUAAAAAUAUAAAUAGCACCCCGCCAACCAACCAACAAAAAAUUAAGAAAAAUAAACGCGAAUAUUGUGCGCGUUUAAAAAUUGUUAUAAAUAAACAAACAGCGGUCAUUCAAGCGCAUCAAAACCCACACACCUACAAAAAUGGAUAUGUAUAAAAAACCACUCGUUAAACCCACGCAAGCCGUGCUGAACGGAACGCCGACACACACGCCUGAAAAUGGCGGUAGCAACGUCAGCGUGGCGCCGUUAAUCACGAUGAUCGCAGUACUCGCCAUCAUCCUCAUCUUUUGUUUCUGUGGCGCGCCCGCCGUGCGCGAAUUUUGCCGGAAGAAGGUGUGCUACUGCUGCCCGGAGCCAGAGGACGAAGCAGGUACUCCAAUCGAACGUGCCGGAUCGAGUACACCGACAAUAAUCCUGCUGCCCUUUGGUCGUAUGCUGGUUGUCGAUCGCAGUGUAUUUGCGCAUUUCCAGGCAGAUGAAACAGGUCUGGACUUUAUGGAAUUGAGUUCAAAUUUAAUACGUGCUCAUCGACUACAAUAUGGCUGCUUUGGCCCAAGUACACCAAGUAUUUUGGACUCUGAAGCUACAAGUAAAGGACUAUCGCCUGUUUCUUUAGGCUACUCGCCGCCGGCGUAUGAAGAUAUUGUCAAGUGUGACUUGCCACCUUCGUACAGUGAACUUAGUCUGCUCUUCCGUCAGCAGCUCCUACAUCAUCAACAACAACAAGCACACUCGCAACAAGUGCAAAAUCAAACAACUCCAACUAGACAACGCCGCCAUCUUAACCGUUGUAAUAAUCCUCAACAACGGCGACGCGCCGUAGACAAUUGUUGUGUUCAGGUCACUGCGUCACUGAACGACGUCGCCGACGUCGACGUCGGCAAUUGCGCUGAUUUCAAUAGCUUUAGACGUAACAACGAGCAUAUCACUACGUCGGUACUACAUAUCGUCGACGAACGCCAUCGGGCACCCCCGCGAACACAUCAGCGUACCGAAAGCGAUACGAACAUUCACAAAAAGUAUCGGAUACUGUCGAAACAGAGUAGCUUUUAAUUCGGCAACCAACCCUACACCAACACUAUAUUGUUGAUAAUUGUUAACUUAUCAAAGGCCUAAAAAUCUCGACGUUUCUUCCAGAGCAUUCGCAACGAAUACACAAAUAUAAAGAACGGAAUUAAACGAAAAACGCAACGACGUACAAGAACAAAUAAGCCAAACCAAAGUUUGAUGCCAUGAUUAAUGAUAGAGGGCGGGGCAGUGGAAAAGUAAAGCAGUUUGAUGAAACUUUCGACAAAUUGGCUUCCGCGCAAACUCGAAAUAAACUUUAAUCACAAUUAUCUGAAACCAGUUUAUUUUUUCAAACAAAAGUUCAAAUAAAUGUUGGAAAAGUUGAUGAAAUCUUAUGAUAACUUAUUAAAGUCCACGAAACGAAUCAAAACGAUAAAAUAUCAAAAUUAUAUCAAUGCGUAUUAAUGCAAAAAAAGUUCAUUAGGUUACUAUCAAUAAGAUAUACUUAUGCUAAUUGUAAAAGAAAACAUUAGUGCGAGUAAGAAACAAUUAAUUAUUGAAACAUCUGGAAAAUGGAUGAUAUUUCCAUCAACUCUCAGUUAUUUUUAGCACAUCGAUAAUGAUUUAAAAUUCAAUUACAUGUCAUAUUUUUAGAAACUUCAAGGCCACUGUUCUAACGUCACUUUAGAACGUAUUCUUCAAAUCAAUAAACAUAAAAACAUUCGACAUCACCUUGUUUUUUUUUUUCACUACUAUUCUCAAAAUGUGUAAGUUUUAAGAGUCGGUACAUUAUACUUUAAGAAAACUAAAGUUUAACAUUCACAAAGUAUAUUAGAUAUUGAUGAGAGGAUAGUGGACCGUUGCAUUCAUAGCCUCCAUGCGGUGGUCGAAAAACCGCCGGGCUUCGCUUCGCACCCUCGAAUCAAUAAAACAACCACUGUCGGAGACCACACACGUUCCUACAAAUGGGAUUACUCUCGUCGUUCGCUUGCGCUUUUCUUCCGAUCCUAUGUUUCGUUUAACUUAUAUUUCGCUCGUUUUUUCACCUCAAGCAAAAAGCAAAACAAAACAAAAGGUACUUGACAAUCAUGAUUGAUCAAGAACAAAAUAUCUUACAUCAAAUACGGUCAUAAGGUCAUUUUUUGAAUUUAAGAUUCCGAUUUAGGCACCGUUUCCGAAUCGUUGAGGCGUAAUAAAAUCGAUUCCGCUUCGACAAGCCGAAAGGAAGGUCGUGAAUUUGCUCGAGACUUUAGAGUCUCGAAUUUUCAUCUUUUUGGCGUUACGCUACCGAGUUUAAUAUCACCACCAAACUCUUUGAGAUCCUGCUAAGCGACCGUUAACCCAGAAAAUAAAACCUGGAUGAAAACCAGGCCAAAACUGCAACGGAAAUCUUAAAAUAUCACCAGAGGAACGAAAAAAACUACAAAAACUACAACCAACAAACUACGCUUGAAAGACAAAAUGAAUGCAAAUCAGUGUGAAAUAAACAGAAUUUAAUUUUCGUGCACUGUUCGCUUGUUCGCUUGAGUUAUGCAUUAUUGGCGCGUCAUUGGUUUGUUUCACUUUGAAACGAAACAGAGCUCGAGCAAACGAGCUCAAGCACAAAGCAAAACAUAAUUGGUUGAUUGGUUGAAUAUUUCAACCAGACCAAAUCAAAAAUUCAAUCGAAAACCACACUUAAUCAAAUUAGUUCCAUCAUUGCUACAAUGUUCGCAGUAAAAUAAAUCAAUAACGUUGCAGAUCAUUUACUUAGUUAUAAAUCAAUGAAUAGUUCUUUUUAUUAUUAAAUUUAUAAGUCGUAAAUUUUUGUAAGCGAAAUUAAGUAUCUAAGUUUAAUUACAUCGAAUAUAUGGACACUAUAAUAGUCUUACUCGUGCUAAUCGUAAUUAUUAUCUAGUAAUUGUAAGCAAAGCCCGUGGUGGCGGUGAAAUUACUGUUAAAUAUAAUAUAAAUUUAAAUAUUUUCUAUUGUUACUCGUUGUAUACUUGUAUGCUCGGAUCUAAGACUAAACAAACGACCGACGUUGUUGAUUGUUGAAAACUAUGAAUUAUUCAAGUGCAUGAUCAUCGUCGUCAUCAAAUUAUUAAGCAUCAACGAAUCAUGAAAUAAUAUGGAACGAAUCGAGCAAUAUUUGUGCUUGACUUGUGAAAUUAUCAGAAUGCACCCGCGAAACGCGAUAUUGUAAAUAAUUGAUAACAUGUCCUAUGAAAUAUGAAAUUAUAUAUUAUGAUGAUGACGCUUUGUAUAGUGUAUAAUAAAAAAUUAAAUAUCAAUCUACUUGGAAAAGUGCUCGUAUUAAAAUAAAAUUCAAUCGAAUGAGAA